AUGAUCGCCCAAAAUGGUACGCUAGUAAUUUUAUUCAAAGACUUUCGAUCCGCUGCUUCGCUUAAGCCUGGUGUAUACUUUGGAAUGAAAGCUGGUCUCAAUUGCAUUAGAUUUAAUCAAGUCAGUGGUGAGUUCGUAUUCCCCAUAGGUGGAGAUGGAACUGAUGCCAAUUUAGAGAUGUUUGUCUUUGAAAGAAGGCCUCGAUUGAAGAACUCAAGACUAGGUCGCAGACGAGAUUUGAUUGAUCGGUGCACUGAUUGUUACUACAAGCGUCCAAUCUCCAAAUCAAGUGAAAAUUGUAUCGAGUGGAAAUCUGUUGAGCUAAAACUGACUAAGGCUCAGAUAGUUUUCGUCGUUGAUAUCGAAUUUUAUCCAAAUGUUCCAGUAUUGCCACUCAAAGAUGGUAGUAAUGCGCAUAGUACCAUUCAGGAAGAUGAACCUAAUGACAUCCAUCCUGAUCAGGAUAUAAGAAAACCUAGUCUUCGCAAAUCAGAUGAAACCCCGAAAGUAUCAGUGAAACUGCGAAAGCAUGAUAAGAUCAAAUAUGCCAUUUCUAGUUUCCGAAAGGAGAAUAGAAAAGAUCUCAAGGUGGAUGCUGAUAUGGUUUACUACGACCUUGACAGUUUGAGCAAUCCAACAAGCGCUCCUGAAAUGUAUCAACAUGGAAACUUACUCUCAUACGAAGAUUUGGCAUCUGCUGAAGCAGAUGAAUUUCAUGAUUUCAUGAAACUGGUUAGAUCUGAAAGUGCGGAAGAUGAAGUUUUACCAGUUGAUGUUUCGCCCCAUACUUUUUUCAAUGAAGCUGCUAAUCGACUUAAAUAUUCUGAACGGUUAAACUUCAUGAACGCCUUCUCAUCAGGAAAUAUUAAACUCACCAGCUAUUUGGGAGGGGGGAAUUGGAGCAAAUCUCUGUUGUCCAGGGCAGUUUUCGAUUGGUAUCUACAACCUGGUAUUAAUUCGCUAUCGGGCCCUCCAGUACCGCCAAAAUGUCCCAAAGGUAUGCUUUGGGAAGAGUAUUAUCUAUUAAAUCACGAAUUAUAUACUAAAGAUGUUUUAAGAUAG